UGUCCAUGCAUAGAGGAGGAUAGAGAUGCCAGAGAAGCGCCGGCACAGCAGUGGAAGAAGGUAAAUCAGCCGACAUGCUGCCGAGGAAGAUGGUUAUCGUUGGUCUUCUGUACUGCUGGAUCAGGACAGGGGUCGCACGAUGCCAGAGGAAAGCCUUAUUCCCAGCAGCGAGGAGGACGAAAAGAGCAGCGGACGAACCGAUGAACCCCACUUUCCACAGCUCCUUCAGUGACGUACAUCUAUUAUUUGAGAUCCUGAUGGCCGGGAUACAGUUUGACAGCAGCGGCGCGUUUUCAGUCAAGGACGCCGAGCUGGCUUCUCUCCGCAAGACCAAGAACCUGGACGUCAUUUGCGAGGAGAUAAUUCCCAAGAAGAUAACGGACAUAUUCAGGCUCAUAUCUGACCUUUCAAACUACGCCUGCCGCCUGCGUCAGGAGGAUUUUGAGCGCACCCUGCUGACCCUGGUGUACGCCGCCCAGCAGGUGGCCGGGUCCAGCGGCGAGCACCAAAGAGACGCCUGGGCGCAGUCGUUUGUUCAGUUAUACAAAGCCAUAAAGAAGGAUCUAACAACAGAAUGAGGGAACACUGGUGCUGUUGACCAUAAGGAUCCAUGUUGGAAUUUAAUAUGCACAUUCAUUAAAAAAAAAUUAAAUAAAAAUAACGAAUAUGAGUCAGUCGUGCUGAUUGAGACAAUGUUACAUAUUGAAUGCAUGAAGGCUUAAAGGAUGGUGGAAAAGUCCUCUUAAAAAGUGAUAAAAUACAUAAAGAUAAGGAAGCAAUCAGAAUGUUGACUGUUAAAAGUUCAUUUAUACAUGAGGUACUGUACUCUAUAUAAAUGAAACUUUAGGUGGGAUCUAUAUAUUGCU